AUGGCAGGUGCAUUUAAUAAUGGCCAAGUGUUAUUUGUAAGAGAAGGAGAAGAUAAGAGAAAGCGACAUAAUGCGAAGCGAGAAACACCAAAGAGAGUGAUGAUAAAACAGAGGAAACAAAUGAAAUGGUUGAAACCAAAAGCAUGUAUUUUGCAUGAGAAAGCAUACAUCAAGAGGGAUGACAUACAUACAACUUGCAUGCAUCAGAAAAUCUUCCUUCCUUUGUCUCAGAUUGAAGAGAAAAAAAAAGUGAUGGAGGGAGAAAUUUCUCUCCGCGAUUUCGUUUUGUCUCGGGAGGAACAAAACGAGGGAGAGCGAAUGUGA